GCAGCAUUGAUACAUAUCUCGGGCUCAUCAAAGAGCACCUUGCCGUUGCAGCGUGAGUGUGCUCGACAGGGCAGAUCCGGGGGGAUAUGUCACAGCAAAAUGGGGGUUCUGCAUCCCUGGCGUCUGUAGAGACAGCGCCACCCACCCACGCAUUUCUGCGCACUACCACUACCACUACUUCGGCAUUGUCCUCGUCGAACACGACCCGAUCCUCGAGUACGCCUUCGAGAAGGGUGGAGAUACCGCCUCUUUCAGCGGCCACAACCGAGUUACUCGCACGAGUCAAUGGAAGUCUAAAGGCCACACAGCAGAGAUAUGGUAACAAAUCCAUCGGUUGGAACCCUCCAACUGGAAAUCGAUUUGUUGGAAACAACUUGAACGGUCCUCGCACAGGCACUAUGAGGGCCUCUUCAAUUAUCAUCGAAUUGCCUACGGCACCAUUCACGUAUGCGAACAAUGGGGGGGCACCUGCGGCUUCCUCGAGUACUGUUACCCGCAGAUCUCCUGUGGAUCUUCCUAGGAGCCCGAACAAUAUUACACCUAAACCAUCACCAGUGCCUCCACCUGCGGCUUCCCCAAGUAUUGCUACCCGGAGAUCUCCUAUGGAUCUUCCUAGGGGCCCGAUCAAUAUUGCACCGAAACCAUCACCAGUGCCUCUACCUGCGGCUUCCCCAAGUACUGCUACCCGGAAAUCCCCUGUGGAUCCUCCUGGGGGCCUGAUUAGUAUUGCAUCGAGACCAUCACCAGUGCCUCCAACUGCACCAACAGAUGGAAUACCUGAAGUAUCAUCCAAUGGCCCUGUAUUAGCGCCGCCGCCGCCGCCAGCAGCAGCAGCAGCACCACCACCACCACCGGCGGUGGCAUCUUUACCACCAUUACAGCCUCGGACAACCGUCUCGAAUGCCAAACCAUUAUCUACAGCAAGCUCAAUCUCUAAGUCUAAAAGGCCCACGACAGGAGGCUCCCGUAACAGGAAGAGUAUCACGAAUGGAACCAAGAACAAGAAGCGCCGCCGCAACAAGGACAGUGACGAAGAGAGCGUCAUCCGGGCCGGUGAUUCCAGCAGCGACGAAUCCGAUGUUGCCCCGACAGCAACCCAGACAAAGUCUGGCCGACAGGUCAACCGACCCUCCUUGUAUGUGCCUCCGCCUUCGUUGCCGGCUGCUGCCAAAGAGACAAGCAACUCACUUGAGACGUCGGACAACACGCGUGGUUCCACGGCGGCAACAACUCGGAAACGUAAGCGCGUUCAACGCAAAGCGAAGGAUGGUAACAUCACUUGUACCCGAUGCCAGAGGGGCCAUAGCCCUCUGACCAACGCGAUUGUUUUCUGCGAUGAAUGCAAUGGGGCCUGGCACCAAUUAUGCCACGAUCCUCCCAUCAGCGUGGAGGUUGUCACCGUCCAAGAGAAAGAAUGGUUCUGUGGGGAAUGCAAGCCUGUGCCGAUUACCAUUGUUCAGCCAACAGUUGUCAGGAGCAAUCCGUUCCUUGCGAAAACACAGCCAACCCCUAUUUCGACUUCUUCCUUGAUAGUCCCUCGAGCUGAGGUAAGCGCGGGGGGCUACUCGGUCGAAGAACGCCGAGGGUUUCUAUCGGGCUUGUCGCAUGCAACACUUGUUGAGCUUCUUAUGAACAUAUCGGAAGGUAAUCGAAACCUGCCAAUGUUCCCCGCUAAUCUGAAGGACUACCAGUCAUCAAACUUCUCAGCCCGUCCUAGCUCGUCAGCCGUGACGAGUACUUCUACUUCCGAUCAAGGAACUGUUCUGCAGACAAAUGGCCUGGGGGCCUCUGCGGCCACCUCGGCGGAAGAAUCAGCUAGACCACCAACCGCAUCUGCACCGGAUGUCUCGACUACUUCAUCUCACCGAAGGAGAUACGAAGAGUCUUCUGAUGAAGAGCCAGAGUAUGAGUUUCAAGAGCAUCGUCUAUAUCCACGCGCCGGCAACGGUUUCCGGCUGCCUGUUGGGCUGGAUGACUUGGACAUCCUCAGCGAGGAUCCUGCUUGUUCAACGUUCAGCUAUUCGUUGCAUGGGCCUGCUCAAAUCCGCGCUCAAAUGAAACAGAAAGUGCCAAUAUGGGGCUCGUGAAUAUGGCUUCUAUGUGUAUUACUAUCAUUAGGCCUUUCAUCCUUCGCCUUCUGUGUACGAUCAAUAUUCUCUGAUAGAUAUUCUAGAUUUGUUCUUCCGUUGGGAACGAGACUUUGGGAAUAGAGUGCGUGCAAUUCACUCAAU